AUGUCGCCUAGGGGUUCCACCCGAAGUUUAGCUACACCUGAUGGUAAUAAUGUCUUCGACAAGGACUCAUCUCCAAAGUACACGCCCAGAUUUUCUGCUGCGACCCAAAUGAUUCUCGAGCGGAUUCAAUCAGGAAACAAUAGUUCAUAUUCUUCGAUGGCAAUAACUGCUACUUCUCAACCUCUUCCAGGAUACGAAGAUAUGCGCCGCAGCGUCUUGCAGAAUAUGAAAACUUCGAUAAGUAUGGAUCUCACUAACACAACUACUGAGCCUAGGAGACCAAAUAUCAAUCCGGCUAGGUCUGUCAGCGUAGGUGCACCCAGGACAGCACCCACAGGAACCUCAGCGACUUAUGCCAAUACCAAAGUUGUUUUAAAUACAACACCUCGGAGCAAUGGAAAACGGAAAAGAGAAAAUAUUGAAAAUGACGAAAGUGACGGAAAUUUGAAAGGAUACGUCUCGAACCCAGGAGAAUCAAAUAUAAACGAAUCUGAAAUAGUAGGGGCUCCUAAGGUCACACAGUCCGGCCGACACAUUGUUAAGCCAAUCCAAUUUGCACCAGCCACAUUCGAGAAUGCACCACGACGUCGAGCUCCUGCCCGAAAAAUUCAGGAACAGGCGCUUUGCAAGCGCUGUGGUCGUGGCCACGGGCCUAUCAAUAAUCUGAUUGUCUUUUGUGAUGGCUGUAAUCUUCCUUGGCACCAAAAAUGUCACGAACCAAUCAUUUCCGAAACUGCAGUUCAGGACGAAGGUACGGCCUGGUUUUGUGCGGGCUGUUCGCGCAAGCGAGGCAUUAUAUCGGGCUACGAAACGAGACCAAAUGGGGUGUCCUGGGCAGAGAAAGGUAUUGAGGAGAAAAGAGCCUACUUAAAGUCGCUCCCACAAUCCCAGCUCGUCUCACUACUUAUACAGGCGACAAGUUUGCAUCCUGAUAUCCCUAUCUUUCCGAAACCCACCCCUCUCAAAACAACCUCUUCCCUUGUCCCAUCACCAAGCCCCUCAUACAUCUCGCCUACUCCACUAGCUGGUCCAUAUUCCCGCACCACAACUGAGCCCUUUCUUCCCCUGAAUAUCACUCGUAGAACACAAUCCCCAGUUCCGAAUGUUCCCACAGCUCAUACAUAUCCACCCUCAUCCGCCCAAGUCCACAUGUUAAAGGGGGAAGGAAGUCGAGAGAGCACGCCAGCGAGCCCACCGUAUCCCCGGGCGGGAAAGGGGCUCAUGGCAAGUUUAGGGCCGGAUGAAGAUGAUUUGGAAUGGCUAGUUGACGCCGAUGAUUAUGAAGCAUUCAGCCACUCAGUCUAUGAGGGCAGCGAAGGACCGACAGGUAACUCACAAUCCUUGCCGCCCAUUGGAGUCAGUAUACGUAACGGAGCGAUGAUUUCUAGAGGAGGCGGUGUGGGCGGAAUGGAAAUUGGGAUAUGA